UGAAUGUGGUUAUCCCACUAUAUAUUACAACAUGGCCUUAUAGUUUAGGUACUUUACUUUGCAAAGGGGUUGGCAGGAAAUGUUGAUAAGGUGCAAUAAUUGGUUCCAUUGUAGGAUUGAUCUUCUUUGGUACGUAUGUGGAUAAUCUGAGUGAGCACUUUUUUGGUUUUGCUUUGCACUUUGUUUGGAGAGAAUAUAAUAGAGGGAAUAAAGAGGAAGGAGAGAUCAUUUUCAUUGUUGGAAUAUCAAAUUGGAUGAGCGAUGGGAAAAGGAAUGAAAAUAUUAAGAGAAGAAAGUUAACCUAUCACAUCAAGAACUAAGAACAAGCUAAAUCAUCGGUCUGAAAUCAAAUGUGUGGAGCUUUUUGAGUCAAGUUGAUUCCGUCCUGCAUACAUAUUCCAAUACUGCGGUGAAAAAGGCAGCAGUGGAUAUUGUUCGAGGUUUAACUGGAUCUGAAGAUGGCAUGCAAGCCCUUGCCAAAUAUUCUAAAGUGGUGCUAUCGAAAUUAUCUAACCUCUUGGGGGAUCCCAAGGAAGUAUCGGAACCUGCCGCUGAGUCUCUUGUAAAUUUAUCCCAGAAUUCCGAUCUAGCUGGGCAGAUGAUAUCAACAGGAAUGGUUAAGCAAACUAUGGAUAUUUUAUAUAAGCCAGAAUCUACUAUCAGGCGAUUACUCGUUAUGCUUUUAGUAAAUCUUACUCAGUUGGAUGCCGGUAUUGCUUCCUUACUUCAGGCUGAAGAUGAGAAGCUACAAGGACUGUAUGUUAAGAAGCUUGUGAGAUCAUUUUGUAGAUCCCCUGACGAGAACCAAGGUGAUCCAUUUGAACAUGUUGGCUCUAUACUUGUGAACAUCUCAAAGAAGGAAGCAGGACGAAAAAUUUUGCUGGACCCCAAAAGUGGGCUUCUAAAGCAGAUUAUUAUGCAGUUCGAUUCGACAAGUCUACUACGGAAACAAGGGGUCUCAGGAACUAUUCGUAAUUGCUGCUUUGAAGCUGAAGAUCAGCUGGCAAACUUGCUGUUAACUUCAGAGUUUCUUUGGCCAGCUUUGCUUUUGCCUGUCGCUGGAAACAAGAUAUACGAUCAUCAGGACACAUCCAAGAUGCCUCAUGAACUAGCGAAUGCUCUUUCAAUUGAGCGUGAACCAGUUACUGAUAUUGAGAUUCGUGUUCAAGCAUUAGAGGCUAUUUAUUUGAUCGUCUUACAGGGGGCUGGCCGAAGAGCCUUUUGGUCUAUUAAUGGUCCGAGGAUUUUGCAAGUAGGUUAUGAAGAUGAGGAGGAUCCAAAAGUAAUGGAAGCUUACGAGAGAGUUGGUGCCCUGUUGGUCGAAACAAGUGGGACCGAGUAAAGGUCGACUGCAUCAUUUAAUACAGUCAGACAUUCCUUUAGGAUCAUUUGUUGCUGAAAUAUAUAUGCUUCCGAAAGAAGAAAAAGAAUUUAGUUUGUAUCUUCUGUUUUUUGAUAUGUAGGAAUUGUAAGGACUUCAUGGUUGAUUUUAUUGAUAUUAGGGGAUUUAGAUCAUGAUUUUAACCCUUUUUGUUGUUCAUAAAUGAGAGAACAAGUUUUUGGUUUUAGUUUUUAUUAUGAAAUAAGUUAUGUCAAUUUUAUGGUAGUGCUUUUAUUUUC